UACUCUCUCUCUCUCUCUCUCUCUCUCUCUCUCUCUCUCUCAAUCGAUCCCCUAAGAACCCUAAAUCCGUCAUAGAGACUCAGACGCUUUCAGGGCCUCCGGCGAUCGACUCCGUGACUCCGGACCUCAGGCGAUGGACUGUGAUACUCUACAGUGGUGAUGGAUUCGGGCUUCUUUGAUUUCUCACAUGAUGAGGUAGUUGAGGAUGAUGUUGAAGAACUUGAAGAUAGAAAGAGAGAGGGAGAGAUUGUGCGAUUUUUUGGGAAAAUGGUGAGUUCUUCAGGUGAAUCUACACCAAAGAUCCAAAUGGGCUGGGGGAACAAAAGUUUGAAGCUAAAUCAGUAGUCGGUGGAGCCUGAGAUCAGAAAUCGCACGAUCUUUAAAGACUACUGUGCAAGAUCAAAAGGCAAGUAACUGAUCUAGAUUAGAAAUCGUGGGAUUUACAUUUUUCCUUCUUCAAAUUGCAUGAUUUGUUGAAUAUACCCAAUUUUUGGGCUCUAGGGUUUUAUAAGUUUCUGAUCUACCAUAGUCGGGGAUUUCCCUUUGAUUGACUUUUUUUUUUCUUGCUUUGCUUUUGGGCAACCUUGGGGGUAUGAUUCAAGUUCUGAUUCCCAAGCGAAGGUGCGCGCGCGCACGCGCACACACAGAGAUAGAUGGAUACAUGUAUGUGCAGAGAGAGGUGGUUUUUUUUCCUCGUUGGUUAUGGCUUCUGUGGUACAUGUUUGGGCUUAACUGAAGUGUGUUCUGUUUGCAAAGGAAUGCCUUGUGCGUAAAACUGUGAGCCUUUGAUAAAUAGAUAUAGGUAGCUAACUCACUCCCCAAUGGAUACAAGAGUCCCAACGUUCACAAGGAACUAGUCAGAUGGGGUGCGAGUGUAAUGCGGAACCAAACCUCAAGGUUGGGCAAAUCAUUUUGAAAAUCAUUUUCCAAACGUGGGGGGGAAAUCUGUACAUUAGGGAAACCUCAUGGGGUGUCAGUGAAAUUUACCCCAAGUUCAUAUCCUCCCGUUCCAAGGUCCUCCUCUUCUGUCGUGAAUGAAAGGGUUGCUGAUUGCGAAGCUCAUAAACCUCAAAAUAAAUUGGUUUUCCCCAACACCAACAAAAGAAUCCUCCUGGCAUCAAGGUAUACAUAUCCAUAAUUCGUUAAAUCUGCCAAAAUGUCAUCCCAACGAUUCUUCCAAACAGUCAAGAAAGUCUUCCCCACAACCCACAUCCCAAAAUCAAACCAAGAAAUCGCCCAUUUGAUCUCUAAAUCCUUAAUCAAACCAGACCCAGCACAACCCCUCCUCCAAAUCCCACCCUCCCUCCUUUCCAAUCUCAACCCCCACAUAACCCUCCUUGUUCUCUCAAACCCACAAGUCCCAAUCGAGUCUUGCUUGCACUUCUUCGAUUUCCUUUAUACCAACCCCAACCCAUCUCUUAAACUCGACCUUCAAUCCCUCAUAAUGCUUGUUUGCCGCUUAUUCAAAGCCAGAAAGUUUACCCAAGCCAAGAAUUUACUGAACAAGCUUGCGAUUGCCGACAAUUUCAGACACCCGUUUUCAGAUAUUGCUUCCUUAGUGGCUCAAGAUGGCAAAGAACCAAAGAUUGUUGUGAAGGUAUAUGAUAUGUUGUUCAGGGUUUAUGCUGAUAAUCAGAGGUUUAAAGAGGGUUUAGAAGUGUUUGAGUACAUGAAAAAUAGCGGGUUUCAGAUAGAUGAGAGGUCUUGCAUUGUUUAUUUACUUGCAUCAAAGAGACAUGGUCAUGUGGAGCUAUUGUUUGAUUUCUUUCGCCGGAUGGUUGAUUCCGGCGUAGGAGUUACGGUUUACUCACUCACAAUUGUGAUUAACAGUAUGUGUAAGAUGGGGAGGGUUGAUGAGGCUAGAGAACUCAUGAAUGAAAUGGCUGGUAGAGGGGUUAAACCCAACCUAUAUACGUAUAAUACUUUGAUUGAUGCAUAUGUAAAGAGAUUGGAUUUGGGGAGAGUUAAGGAGAUUUUGAUUGCUAUGGAGAAGGAAGAAGUGGCCUAUAAUGUGGCAACUUAUACACUCUUGAUUCAAGGGUGUUACAGCUCAGGCAAGAUUGAAGAUGCUGAGAGGGUUUUUGAAGAAAUGCGUGACAAGGGUAUAGCGGGUGAUGUUCAUGUUUACAGCUUGUUAAUUAGUUGGAAUAGCAGGUUAGGAAAUAUGAAAAGGGCAUUUGAGUUGUUCGAUGAGUUGAGCGAAAGAGGCAUCGUUCCUAAUGCUCACAUAUAUGGUGCCGUGAUUCAUGGUUUGUGCAAGGCUGGCCAAAUGGAGGCAGCAAAAGAUUUGUUAAAUGAGAUGCAAAGCAAGGGAAUAGAUGUGAAUCAGGUGAUAUUUAAUACGCUAAUGGACGGGUAUUGCAAGAAAGGGAUGAUUGAUGAAGCGUUUGGGCUGAAGUGUGUAAUGGAGAAAAAAGGACUUGAACCCGAUGUGUUUGCAAAUAACAUAAUUGCUACUGGACUCUGUAUAUCGAACCGCCAUGAGGAGGCAAAGAGGUUAUUGUGCGGGAUGAUGAAUGAGGGAAUAGCUCCAAACUCGGUGACUUUCACUACAUUGAUUGAUAUAUAUUGCAAGGAAGGGAAUUUUGUGGAAGCUUUGAGGCUGUUUGGAAAGAUGAAGAAGGAGGGUCCGAUACCUAAUACAGUGACAUUUAAUGCAUUAAUAGACGGGUAUAGCAAGAAGGGGAAGUUGGAUGAAGCUCAUAAGCUAAGAGACGAGAUGAAAGAGAAGGGGUUGAUGCCGGAUGUCUACACAUACACCUCACUCGUACACGGAGAAUGUAUUUUUGGAACAGUAGAUCAGGCAAUGGAAUUGUUCAAUGAAAUGCCAGCUAAAGGGUUGGUUCCAAGCCUAGUGACUUACACUGCAAUGAUUUCGGGCUUGUCAAAGGAGGGGAGAUCAGAUGAAGCUUUUAGAUUGUAUGAUGCGAUGAAAGAAGCGGGUCUUACACCCGAUGACACCCUGUACUCUACACUUGUGAGCAGCCUUCAUAGAGUAGGUUCUUAGCCUGAAAUGGCUUUUGUCCUUUUCAAAAGAAUGCCCUUCUGGGAAAAGAUCCAAUGGAGAUGGGCUAGAUGUGGUGUGGCCUGUAGCUCAGAGGAUUUGAGUUAAUGGCUGCGAACCACAAUUUGGGGGUUCGAAUCCUUGCUCACCCUAAACCAGCUUGAGCUCACAGGGAGGAGUUAUAAGUUUGGGCAAGUUGCAUAUCAUUGAGAGAUAAGUGUGUAUACUACCUAUAAUUUUGUGGUGGAUUUGAUGUUCAGUCUUUUAUAGAGUAUUGAGAAAAUGAAAUUUUCAACUGCUA